AUGGCGACGAAUUUGUUGUUAUUGCCGUUUGAGAUUAAGAAGGAAAAGUUAAAGGAUGAAUUUAUCGUACGUGAUCAUCCCAGUACGGUCAUCGAAACCCCGUCAAUAUCUAACUAUGUUGACCUACCUGACACUUCCUACAUCCUCGAUCUGCCAUCAGAAACAAUUAAUAGCGGAGGCCUAUCUGCCAUCCAGUUAGAAACCAUCAUCUACUCGUGUCAGAGACACGAACAAAAAUUGUCUGACGGUUCUCGAGCUGGAUACCUCAUCGGAGACGGAGCCGGUGUUGGUAAAGGUCGGAUCGUAGCUGGCAUCAUCUUUGAAAAUUUCAUUCGUGGACAUGCAAGGAUCAUCUACAUUUCUACAACUGCCGUCUCGGAACCCCGCAGCAUGGCAAGCAUGGUUCGUCUAGGUCUUUGGGGUCAGAAUACAUCAAUCAAAGACUUCGAACAAUUUCUGGGAAAUGUGAAGAACUUUGGUGAGAUUGCCGGGGAUAUGAUAGCCAUGGAAAUGAGGCAGCGGGGAUCGUACGUAAACCGUCAACUUUCUUUCAAGGAUGUCAUGUACCAAGUUGUCGAAAUUUGCCAAUUGCCGAAAUUUAUCAGAUCCUACGACAAUUCUGCUAAACUUUGGCUUCAUCUGCAACAGUCUUUUACAGAAGCAGCUGAACUUAUGGAUUUAGGCCAAAAGACACAAAAGAUUAUGUGGACUAAUUUUUGGUCAGCGUAUAACAGAUUUUUUAGAUGUCUGCGUAUUUCCGCCAAAGUAUCACAUGCCGUCAAGUUUGCUAGUGAAGCUGUCAAACGCGGCAAAAGCGUUAUCAUUGGUCUUCAAUCAACCGGAGAAGUUUACACCCUUAAAAAAGUUCCGGACGACGGAUCUGCAAUACCAAAUUUCGUUUCAACUGCAAAAAUGAUUAUGCAGUCUUUGGUUGAAAAACACUUUCCAGCUUCCGAUAGUCUCCAACUGCUUGCCGAUGCUCGAAACAACAAACGAACCGUUAGAGGUAAAAGAAAAUCUGUGAGAAAAACCGCAGGAACCUCCAAAAAGAAGAAAAACGAAUUAACUGACGAUUUCUCUUGUGAUGAAAUAAUUGACAGCAGUUAUGUAUCUGCUCCGGUAUUUGACUAUCAUUCAGACUCAGCCGAUUCCAAGCUAAAAGACGAAGAGGCAGACGAAGACAGGAGGAUUAAGCUUGAGAAGGCGUCGGUAAUCAAACAAGGACUUCUAGAAAAAAUCGAAGAGCUGGGAACUUUACUUCCACCAAAUUGGAUUGAUCAACUCAUCGAUGAACUCGGAGGCUCAGAAAAUGUGGCCGAAAUUUCUAGUCGGAAGGGCCGUCUGGUCCAAAAAAACAAUGGCCUGGUCCAAUACGAGCCGCGCUCCGAAAAAGAUGUUCCUUUAGAGUUAAUCAACAUUCGUGAAAGGGAGCGUUUUAUGAACGGGGAAAAGAAAAUUGCCAUCGUUUCUGCAGCUGCCAGCUGUGGAAUUUCUCUUCACGCUGAUAGACGAGCGAAAAAUCAGAGCCGUAGAAUUUACAUUUCUCUAGAAUUGCCGAAUUGCGCUGAGCUUGCUCUGCAGCAGUUCGGAUGCAUUCAUCGCAGUAACCAAGUGAAAGCUCCGAAAUUUAUUUUACUUGUUCCGGAAUUGGCUGGGGAGAGACGAUCCGCAUUGAUCGUUGCUAAUCGUCUUCAAUUACUUGGUGCUUCCUUCAGAAAUCAAAGAUUAGAUGAAGGCUCUACUGAAUUAGAAGAAACUAGUGAAUAUGACUCUGCGGUACUCGAUGCCAUGAAGGUUAUUAUGGGCCAUAAAUUACCCGUAAGUCCAGUCCCUGUUGAUUACGAAGGCAACUUUUUCCGAGAUAUCAGAGCAGCACUAGCUGAAGUCGGCGUCAUAUCAUCCAACUUGGUUACACUGUUUAAAGCUGGAAAAGGUGUUCCAGAUAUCCUAAAUCGGAUUUCGGGUAUUCCUGUUAAUCUUCAAGCCACUCUAUUGAUAUACUUCGAUGGUGUUCGAUCAGCAACGAUCAGUAAUCGGGGAAAAAUGGACGGACACUAUGACACGAAGAUUUUUGAUUUACCCUUGCACAACAAAUGUGCUCAUCGUAGAAACACUCUGAAGGUUACCUCCAAAAAUACUAUCGGUCCGGCUACGAUGUAUCUACAUGAAAUUGAAGUUGACGGUGGCAUGGAUUGGAGAACAGCAGAGGAAAAAUGGCUUCCGAAGGCUGGACAAGCAGACGAAGGGAUUUAUGUUUCAAAAGAGGUAUUAUUUAAGAAAAGAGACAUUAUAAUUGUCCGAAGAUUCGGUGAUGGUGACAAGGGAGAUGUAAAAUAUACCGUGAUACGACCCAGUACGGGAGUGCAAUUGCUAUCACAAACUUUGGCUGAAAUUACCACAAAAUACAUCCCUAAAAUUAGUUUGUCAAAACAGGCCAAUAUUGAUCAUAAAGCGUUAUGGGAUUUUCAUUACGAGGCUUCAGAAAAUGUUUGUGUUCACGACUACUGGCUUAAAAACACAAGCAAAAGCCACAAAAAUAAAGGUCCCGGACGAUGCCAAGAAGGUUUGCGAUCAUCAUGUGUAACGUACAAGCUUUUGACUGGAUCAAUAUUUCUUCUUUGGAAAGAAAUCGAAUCCAUUAUUAAGGAAAGCAAUCCACAGUUGAAAAUGCAGAUCGCCCGCGUACUUGUGGACAGCAGCAAAAUUGUCGGCAUAGUUAUUCCCGAUAAUUGCGAAUCUCAGCUGAUAGCCUUUCUUACAAAGUAGUGUGUAAGAUAAUGUUGGCUCUUCAUCACGAACCGAAAUUUAACUUAUUAACCGUAACUGCGGGAAUUAUUAAUUUCUUUACAAAUAGAAGAUUACAAAUUAUGUUGCCCCGUUAGACAAAAAUAAUUUGCUACGUAGUGGACGAACUCUAAAGUUUACAUUGUUCUCAUAGUGAUUUAUUUGUUUUCACUAGAAUUCGCGCUAUGAAAAUUAGAUGCGAUUUUUCAUUUUGUUUUCCUAAUGAUAAUGUUUUCAAUAGUUAAAUAACCAUAUUGAAUAAUUUUUUUUUCGCAACUGUCUUCUUCAGUUCGCUUGAGGGAUAUCGAUCGUGUAUUUUAUUUGUUUGAUAACCUAAGUAAAAAUUUCUCUAUCAA